AACCCUAGUUUCCAGAUAGUUUGUCUCUCUCCUUCCUCACGCUCCUUCCCGCAUUCAGUUACCUGAGUUUGUCGCUGCAGAAUGAAGUUCAAUAUCGCGAAUCCGACCACCGGGUGCCAGAAGAAGGUCGACAUCGAUGACGAUCAGAAGCUUCGGGCAUUUUUUGAUAAGAGGAUCUCACAGGAGGUCAGCGGAGAUGCUCUGGGUGAGGAAUUCAAGGGGUAUGUUUUCAAGAUCAUGGGAGGCUGUGACAAGCAAGGCUUUCCAAUGAAGCAGGGAGUUCUGACUCCUGGUCGUGUUCGUCUCUUGCUUCAUAGAGGUACCCCAUGCUUCCGUGGAUAUGGAAGGCGUAAUGGAGAGCGCAGGAGGAAGUCUGUUCGUGGAUGUAUUGUUAGUCCUGACCUCUCUGUUUUGAACCUGGUUAUUGUGAAGAAGGGUGAAAAUGAUCUCCCUGGACUGACUGAUACUGAAAAACCUAGGAUGAGAGGCCCAAAGAGAGCUUCCAAGAUUAGGAAGCUCUUUAACCUCUCGAAGGAGGAUGAUGUCAGGAAAUACGUCAACACAUACAGGAGGACUUUCACAACAAAAUCUGGCAAGAAGGUUAGUAAAGCUCCCAAGAUUCAGAGGCUGGUUACUCCAUUGACUCUCCAGAGGAAGCGUGCUAGAAUCUCAGAGAAGAAGAAGAGAAUUGCAAAGGCCAAGGCAGAGGCAGCUGAGUACCAGAAACUACUUGCCACAAGGCUGAAGGAGCAGCGGGAGAAACGAAGUGAGAGCUUAGCAAAGAGGAGGUCAAGGCUCUCUGCUGCCUCCAAGCCAUCUACCGCAGCAUAGAUUGGUUCUAGAGUUUUGUGAACGUUGGAUCAUUCUAGUACACUCAGUUUAUGUAGUUUUUUCAUAUCAAUGCAGGCACUUUGCCAUAGAUGUGAUGUUUUGUUUAUUGUUUAAGACGCCCGAGAGUUUAGUUGUUUUGAGCAAGAGUUUACUGCCCCGUGUGCGUGCUUUCUUGGCUUGUGCAAUGUUGUUUAUUGAAUUAUAUAGUGCUAUAUUUUAUCUCCCAUACUGAAAGCCUUGCCUACUCUUCUACAUCUUGAGCAAUCUUUUGUACAUGAAUUAUUCCUCUUAUCUGAUUUGAUCCUUUUGUAUCAACCUUUCAUGUCAAGAUUCCAUUCAAGAGAAUAUGAACCUUGGGACAUAUGUUUUAAGAAAGCACUCUGGCUGAUACCAAUCCAGCGGCCAGUGCAGCUCCGAACAAAGCAUGUAGUCUUAC